AUGGCUUCCUCACCCACAUCCUACCGUCCCCGACAAAAAAAGAAGCUCCCAACAACCUUCUCCGGGACCAACAAUAAUGACCUGAUCCUCGACGCGGGCUCCCCGCAUGCAGCUCCUGCUUUCCCGCUGGUUUCAUUCAUGUGGUUUGCGCGCGGUGCUACUUCGCAAUGGAUUAUACUUCCGCUGAUUCUGAUGGUGGUCGGGUUGUUUCGGUGGGCUGUGAGUUUGUGGGGGUAUUCUGGAUUCAAUAUGCCUCCGUUACACGGCGACUUUGAAGCGCAAAGACAUUGGAUGGAGUUGACUAUUCAUCUGCCACUCACGAAGUGGUACUUUUAUGACUUGCAAUACUGGGGGCUUGAUUAUCCGCCAUUGACGGCUUAUCAUAGCUGGUUGUUGGGAAAGAUUGGCUCACUGGUUGAUCCGGCUUUCUUCGCCCUCGACGCAUCGCGGGGUGUCGAAGACCCUCUUCUCAAGCUCUAUAUGCGCGCCACCGUUAUUGUAUCCGAAUAUCUUGUCUACAUACCCGCUGUCGUGCUCUUUGCACGUCGUUAUGGUCGUCUUCUCGGGGUACCGAUGUGGUCGACUUCAAUAGCACUGAUCGCUAUAUUGAUGCAGCCUGGAAACAUCCUGGUCGACCACGGUCAUUUCCAAUAUAAUACGGUCAUGCUGGGGCUUAUGGUGGCUAGUGUCGAAAGUAUACUGACCGGCCGACUACCAUUGGCAUGUGCAUUCUUUGUUGCGGCAUUGUCCUUCAAACAGAUGGCACUUUACUAUGCGCCCAUCAUGUUCUCAUUUCUCCUGGGUAGUUGCAUCUUCCCGCGCAUACGGAUUGGUCGCUUCUUGGCUAUAGCUUUAUCGACAGUGGCAGCUUUUGCGAUCAUACUCGCGCCAUUCAUCGCCGCAUCGCUGAAUGAUUGGGCUCAUGGGACUGCAUUGCCCGGUUCUUUACCGGCCCUCAUCGCGGAUCUGCCGAUUAAACUAGACGCGAAAGCUUGGUACUAUACGCCACUCCUUCAGCUCGGCCAGCUUAUUCACCGCGUAUUUCCCUUUGCACGUGGCUUGUUUGAGGACAAGGUCGCAAACGCCUGGUGCGCCAUCCACACAUUCUACAAACUACACCGGUUUCCAGCGCCACUGUUGCAGCGUGCAUCUCUCGCCGCUACACUGGCAUCGAUAUCUGUCCCUUGUCUCAUAAUCUUCCGCUAUCCACGCCCACAAUUGCUCUUACUUGCCCUGAGCAGUUCCGCAUGGGGCUUUUUCCUCUUCUCUUUCCAAGUUCACGAAAAGAGCGUCUUACUGCCUUUACUCCCGAUGACCCUCCUCUUCGCCAGCGACGGAGGCCUCAAUAAAGUCAAUCGCGCCUGGAUAGGUUGGGCCAAUAUCCUUGGCGCCUGGACAAUCUAUCCCUUACUCAAACGUGAAGAACUCCGCAUCCCAUAUUUCGUCAUUACCUUCCUAUGGACGUAUCUCUUGGGAUUGUUCCCUACCUCGAUCGAGAUUUUCAGGGCAAGAAACAUCACGACGACGACCAAAGAGGCGUCCGUGAGUGGUCUCACGGUGUUGAUUCACACAAUCUUCUAUCUGAGUAUGAUCGGUUGGCAUGUCCUCGACGCAUUCGUGCAACCACCAGCCGACAAACCGGACUUGUGGGUUGUAUUGAAUGUGCUUAUUGGCGCGAGCGGAUUUGGUUUGGCGUAUCUGUGGACGACGAGCAAUCUGAUUGCGCAGGCGUAUAGAUUGAGCGGGAAACCGGCUGGGGAUGUAAAGAAGACUCAAUAA